UUAUAAAGAUGGCGUUUAUUAAAGAGGAGAGUGAAGACAUCAAGAUUGAAGAAACAUUCACAGUCAAACAUGAAGAGACUGAAGAAGCUUUCAGAGUCAAACAUGAAGAGAUUGAAGAAGCUUUAGGAGUCAAACAUGAAGAUCCUCAGGAACAAACAGACCUGAUGCCACUCAAAGAGGAGAGUCAAGAUCAGAAAGAGAUAGAAGAGAAGGAUCAACAUGAGGAACUAUCUAAAGAAGAAUCAAAACAGACAAAAACCUCUUCAGAAGGGACAACCCAGAAGACCAAAUCUAACACCUGCCAUCUGUGUGGAAAGAGUUUCUCCUGUAAACUAAAUCUUCAAAAACACUUGAAGAUUCACACUGGAGAAAAGCCUCACACUUGCCAUCAGUGUGGAAAAAGUUUUGCUAGGAAACAAUCCUUUAUAAACCACAUGAGGAUUCACACUGGAGAAAAGCCCUACACUUGCCAAGAGUGUGGAAAGUGUUUCACUUGUAAAGCAAACCUUACCAACCAUAUGCGAGUUCACACUAAAGUAAAGCCUCACACUUGCCAACAGUGUGGAAAGAGUUUCCCUUGGAAACAAACCCUUAUCAUCCACAUGAGGGCCCAUACUGGAGAAAAACCUUACCCCUGCCAACACUGUGGAAAGAGUUUCACUUGUAAACAGUACCUUACAGAACAUAUGAAGAUUCACUCUGGAGUAAAGCCCCACGCUUGCCAUCAGUGUGGAAAGAGUUUCAGUUGUAAACUGAACCUUAAAAAACACAGGAGGACUCACACUGGAGAAAAGCCGUACAGCUGCCAUCAGUGUGGACACAAUUUCACUAGUAAAGUAAACCUUAAAAACCACAUGAAGGUUCACACCGGAGAAAAGCCUCACACCUGCCAGCAGUGUGGAAAGAGUUUCGCUUGGAAACAAAACCUUACAGAGCAUAUGAGGAUUCACUCUGGAGAAGAGCCUCACAGUUGCCAACAGUGUGGAAAGAGUUUCGCCCGUAAAAAAAGCCUUAAAACUCAUAUGAAGCUUCACACUGAAGAAAAUCCUCACACCUGCCAACUGUGUGGAAAGAGUUUCACUUGGAAACAAAACCUUACAGACCAUAUGAAUAGUCACACUGGAGAAAAGCCUCACACCUGCCAUCAGUGUGGAAAAAGUUUUUCUUGGAAAAAAACCCUCGCAGAGCAUAUGAAGGUUCACAGUGGAGAGACGACUUAUCAGCUAAGUGUGGUGAGAGUUCCAGAUAUAAACAUUCCCCUAAUUCUCAUGUGAUCCUUCAUAAUGGAUAAAAGCUUCACACCCGUGGAUUGUGUGGGAAGAACUUUACAUGCAUGAAAUUUCUCAAGACACAUGAAGAUUCACACUGGACUUAAGUUGUUUAAGUUUUUAAGGUGGAGGGAGAAGAAAUACCAUGAAAGGAUUCACAUUCAGAGAUAACCGAAUCAGGAGUCAUUGUUGAGUGUCAUAAACAGGAAUCAUGUAAUUACUCACACCAGAGGGAAGGGUGCCAUCACAAGUUGCAAUUGCAUGCAGCCAAAAAAAAACCUCUAGUGAGCAGAGAAGCUAUGAUGUGAACGCAAAAGGAUGAUCCCCCAUCGCUUCCUCUGACUCUGUUGGUCGUCUGGUGUCUUGAAAUUUUAUCUUACCCUUUAGAUCAGGGGUCACCAAACUUGUUCAUGGAGGGCCGGUGUCCUGCAGAUUUUAGCUCCAACCCUAAUCAAACACACCUGAACAAGCUACUCAAGCUCUUACUAGGUACACUUGAAACACCCAGGCAGGUGUGUUGAGGCAAGUUGGAGCUAAACUCUGCAGGGCACCGGACCUCCAGGACAGAGAUUGGUGACCCCUGCUUUAGAUUAUGUUGUCAACACUGUUCAAAUGAGUCUGAGGUUGGGGAUUGGGGCCCAACCCUACUUCUAUUUUCUUAACCCCUUCCCCUUGGCCCUCUUGCCUUGUUUUAGUAAAUAGUGCUAUUCGUAUGUAAUUAGAUGCUUGGAGAUUUUGAUUUUACGCACUUCAUUUAUGUGUGAAAUUCACUUCACAGCAGAGGCAAAAUUACUCCAGUUUUGUUGCAAAAUGUCUGACAUGGGAUUUGUUGAGAGGAUAGCUGUGCUGUAUGUGAUACGGAAGGCAGAAACAUGUCAUGGACUUAUUUAGCAACACUUCCGGGUCCAUCAGAUCCUUCAGAGUUGCUCUUAGCUUGAUGAGUUUUACCAACUCCUCCAGGAGGUACACCUGGAUGAUGGGCACUACUACAGCAAGAUCCUAAUGGCCUGUUUCCUCUAAGCAGUACGGUACCGUACCACUCAGGGGUGGACUGGCCAUAGGUCCAUCUGGCCUGCCACCAUGACUCUCAGGGGGGUGGCCUGGGGGCUAGAGCCACUGCCCCUUUUCCCCUCAUUAGCUGAGGUGCCCCUCUCAGCCUGUAGUUCAGCAAGCUGACCACGCCACCCUCAACCUAAAAGUGAAAACGAAAGGUUAGCAAAGUGAAGAGCGGGGGAGGGGGUUGUCGCAGAUGAAAUUGAAGACCUUGGGGGUUGCGGAUAUAACUGAGGACGUGGGUGGUGAGGGAGGUGUCGUGGACGCCGCCCUCUCUAUUCUGCCACCUAGGUCGCCUCUAUGGACGUGGAGGCCCUGACUGUAGUAAGGUUGGUAAACCAGGAUGGCUUUACGCAUAUUGUUUCUUACAUCUUUGAUUAUUUAUCAAGUUAUGUUUAAGGGCCUAGAUCAGGGGUGGCC